ACGAGAUUGAAUAUAUUCAAAAGUAUUAGUUAUAUAAGAUAGUCAUCGACCGGCCAACAUGCGGGUUGAGACUUGCCAUUUCUGCUCGCAGCCAGUGUAUCCCUCCAAGGGGAUAACGUUCGUGCGCAACGAUGCUCGACAGUUCCGCUUCUGCCGCUCAAAAUGCCAUAAGAACUUCAAGAUGAAGCGUCAACCACGCAAGCUGAAGUGGACCAAGACACACCGAGCUCUGCACGGCAAGGAGAUGAUAGUAGACUCGUCGCUGGUCCUCUCACAGUUCGCCAAGAAGCGCAACGCACCGGUGAAAUACGACAGGAACCUGGUGGAAUCAACGAUCAAGGCCAUGAAGAGAGUGGAAGAGAUCCGGCAGCGAAGAGAGAGGGUAUAUACGAAGAGACGGCUGGCAGGCAAGAUUGCCCGGGACAGAAAGAGAGCCGAGAACAGAAGAAUUGUCGCGGAGGGCGAGCAUCUUAUCCGCAAGGAGCUUAAGGAGAUGGCAGAGGGGACCAAAAAGCCCGAAGACCUGCUCAACAGAAAAGUCGGCCUGCCUGUUGGAGAGGAGAAGCUGCGUGGGAAACAGAAGUCCAAGCUCUUGGUCGACGGAGGGGUGGAGGAGGAGAUGGAUCUCGACUAAAUCCGUUGACUCUUCUUUGCAUCUUACGCCCUUGCAUCCCCCCCCCCCCCCCCUUUUUCUUUGCUUUCUUACCUGCCUGCUCGCCGGUCUACCAUGCUGCUGGCAACGGAUAUCAUCUUGCUGGAUUCCCCUGUUUUGAAAAGAUUAGGCGUGUACUCUCCUUUUUUACCUGCGAUGGCGUUUGAAUGGGUAGGGAAAAGAACUUUGAUAUAUCCUUUUUUUUUUCCUUUCUAUUUACAUUCUAUCAUUCUAUGCUCUUUCUGGCUCCUUUCUCUUCUACUCUAUUUACAUUCCCUUGUUUACUCUGCAGCUUCCCUGCAUGAAUGGUGAUCCAGAUGUUUCUGUGGUGGUGAAUAUCACAGAACAUAAAUACCCCCUAUUCCGCCAGCACCUCUGAUCCCGCUGAGAUAGGGCCUAUGAUAUACCAAAUAUACCUGAUCUGUCCUCUAUAUACCAUGUCCUGCUCCCCUAUAUACCCAGCAACGCCGGAUCAAUGCCCGUUGCGCGGGAUCAGCCGCCUCUCGAGGGCGAGUCCUCUGCGUGAUCC